GGAGGAGGCGUGUCCCUCGCGGCGCCCCGUCCGGCGCUCGCGGGCGGCAAGAUGGCGGCGGUCUCAAUGUCAGAGUCGCUGCGGCGCGCGCUGUGGGGCCGCAGGGCCGCGGCCGCGGCGGCUGCCUCCGCUCUCCGGGCUCCAUCCAGGUCGUUGAGCACUUCCACAUGGAGGUUGGCACAGGACCAAACUCGAGACUCGCAACUCAUAACAGUUGAUGAAAAAUUGUUCCUGUAUAAACUCACUGAAGUUUAUGAAGAAAAAGCCUGUUUCUGUGAUCCCACCUUCCUGAGGUGUCUAGUGCACAGAGACAUCACUACCUUAACUGGCGUCCCCGAGGAGCACAUCAAAACCCGGAAAGUCAGGAUCUUCGUUCCUGCGCGCAACAACAUGCAGUCUGGGGUGAACAACACCAAGAAGUGGAAGAUGGAGUUCGACACCAGGGAGCGCUGGGAGAACCCUUUGAUGGGCUGGGCAUCCACGGCUGAUCCCUUGUCCAACAUGGUUCUAACCUUCAGCACCAAAGAAGAUGCAAUGGCCUUCGCAGAAAAAAACGCUCCUCUCACAGCGCCCUUGUGGGGCUGGAGCAUGUGUGUUGGGAGACAGACUGGGACAGGGCACAGGCCCUCUCACACACCAUUUGGAAGAAAAGAAUACAGAGCAAGGAGAAAUUGAGUUCUGAGUUACACCUUUAAUUUAAGAGCUGGAUGGAGCUACGACGUUGAAGAGAAGAAGGUUCCGAAACCCAAGUCCAAGUCUUACGGUGCCAACUUUUCUUGGAACAAAAGAACAAGAGUGUCCACAAAAUAGAUGGGCCUGCCCAUCUCCGCUUGACUGUGAAUGAAGUCAGCUGGGCAGUAUUUACAGUCCAUGCCUGCCACUUCUCUUACUCUCUGAAUAAAGUUUCCCUUUAAACUGCA